AUGGAUCAGUCGGCUGACAGCCUGGAAGCACGGUGGUGCGCGGUGACCGGCGGACGUGGAUUCAUGGCGAGGCACCUGGUGAUGGCACUGCUCCGCUCUGGAGGUUGGCGCGUGCGGAUCACAGACCUCGCCCCCGACGCCUGCCUGGAACCCACUGAGAAUGAUGGGCUCCUCGGCGCGGCCCUCCGCGGCGGCCGUGCCGUAUACGUCGCCGCCGACGUCUGCGAACUGGUCCAACUCACGGAAGCUUUGGAAGGGGUACAUACUGUUUUCCACACUGCUGCGGCGGAUCAGAGCAACAACAACUUCCAGCUUCAUUACAAGGUCAACGUCGAGGGGACAAAGAAUGUCAUCGAGGCUUGUAACAUAUGCAAGGUUAAAUCGCUGAUAUACACUAGUACAAGCGCAGUUGUAUUCGAUGGAGUUCAUGGCCUCUUUGGUGUAGAUGAAUCGACACCAUAUCCCGAUAAGUUUCACGAUGCAUACACAGAAACAAAGGCACAAGCAGAAAAGCUAGUGAUGAGCGCCAAUGACAAAAAUGAGCUGCUCACUUGUUGUAUACGUCCUGGAAGCAUUUUUGGUCCUGGUGACAAGAUGGUGCAAACAUUGCUUGCUUACGGAGGAAUGAUGAUUAUUAUGGGUGAUGGCAAGAAUUGUGAUGAUUUUGUAUAUGUUGAGAAUGUGGUGCAUGGUCACCUAUGUGCAGAGAAAACUCUUUCUACCAAAGAGGGUGCAAAGAGAAGUGGAGGCAAAGCCUACUUUAUAACUAAUAUGGAGCCAGUGAAUAUGUGGGACUUUUUAUAUACGAUUUUGGAAGAUCUUGGAUACAAAAGCCGAUUUAGGUUAAGAAUACCUCUGUAUCUUCUCGUGCCGAUAACAUGUCUGGUAGACUGGAGCUACAAUAACUUAUUCAGUCGCUAUGGAAUGCGUAAACCUGGAGUGCUAACAUCCACAAUCAUUAAGUAUGCCACAUUGAAUAGAACAUUCAACUGCAGCAACGCUGAUGAACAACUUGGUUACAAACCAAUAGUGUCACUCAAGGAGGGAGUAAAGAUGACUACUGAAUUCCAUAGGCAGUUCAAAGCAUGA